AUGCGCGUUAUCUCCCCCCCCAAAACCAAAAACCUGCAGGGCCCCGCCUUCUCAGUGGGCAACCAGUACCGCUUUAUGGCCGCAGAGCUGAGCCCCCCGGCCUUCAAGCCGCGCGCCAUCUCCAUAGUCGUGCUCUGCGGCGUGCCCGCCGCCGCCGUCGGCCCCGAAUUCGCGCGCCAGGCGCUGCUGGCGCUGCCCCCCAUCGGCGGCUUCCUGGUGCUGAUAGGCAUCUACCUCCUGCUGAUCUGCGCCAUGCUGCUCGUAGACUGGCGCGCCCUCGCGCGGCUGGAAGCCCACGCGGACGCCGCCGCGCCCGCCGCCGCCGCCACGUGCGCCGCGGCGCCUCUGCCGGCAGGGCAUGGAGCCAAAUCAGGUUUGGUCUUGAAGGACUCAGAGGUUGGGGGGCAGCAUGAUGCUGUGAUUGAGGUGCCGUCGUUGGCCGUUGUGAAGGGCAACGGCCAGCAGCAGCAGCAGCAGCAGCAGCAGCAGCAGCAGCAGCAGCAGCAGCAGCAGGAAAAGCAGGUGCAGCAAGCGCAGAAUGGGCAGCAGCAGCCGAAGCAGCAGGAGCAGCAGGAGCAGCAGCUACCACAGAAGCAGCAGCAGCAAGCGGAUAAGGGGCAGCAGCAGCAGCAGCAGCAGCAGCAGCAGCAGCGCCUGCCGCCUUCCGCGUCGUUGCCGGGGCGCCCCCUUUUGAGCUACAGGGAGCUGCUGCUGAAUCAGCAGUUCCUAGUGCCGGCGGCGAUCUGCGGCGGCAGCUUCAUGGCGAUGGCGGGCAUCAUGGCGAUCACGCCCGUGCGGAUGGCCAUGGUGGGUGCUGGCGGGGCGCAGACCGUCAGCAUGAGCACAUGGGUGGUUGAGGCCCACAUCGUGGCCAUGUACAUUCCCGGGCUGCUGUCAGCUGACCUGAUCAGGGCAGUGGGGGCCCCGGCAUCGGCGGUGUUCGGCUGCGCCUUGCUGCUCGCUGGCAACGCCGCCUACUAUGGAGGAGACCACGAGGCGAUAUAUUUCGUGGGCAUGGUGGUCAUCGGGCUGGGGUGGCACUUUGCGUACGUUGGGGCCACUGCGGCUGUCUUGGCCGUCUUUGCCCGGGAGCCGCGGCGGCGCUUUGUAGUUCAGGGUGCGACAGACACGGUCGUCAUCAGCCUCUCUGGCACCGCCAUCGGCACGUCCGCCGUGCUCAACCUGCGCUUCGGCUGGCAGGCGUUCAUCUCCAUAUACAUGGUCAUCCAGGGCCUGCUGCUGCUGCUGGCAUGCUGGCUGGCGUUCACCGCGCGGCGCGCGGCGCGGGCGGCGGCGGCGGCGGCGCGGCCAGGGGCGUGA